AUCUAGAUUUAUUUUUUUUCCCAAAAUUUUCUUAAAAAACUAUUUAGCGCGAAGCAACUAAUGAAAAUGUGUCUAUCUAGACUAGUGACUAGAUCUAUGAUGAAUCUAUCUAUCUACACUACUAGAGAUCUAGAUGAAGUUGCAGAGUUAGCAGAAAAUAAAAUUAUUUUCAUUUAUCUAAGCUAAGUCGUAAGUGAAACGUGUUGUGAUAGUUAAUACUCAUUCCUGAGCUGAAGACAAAGAUUAAAGACAAAGAACAGACAAAAUGUCACAAUUUCAAUCCCCAAAACAAUUAAAAACAAUUAAAGGUGCCUUGCAGAUUCCAUAUAAAAGUGUCAGAAGUCAAGGGGAGGUGAAUGAGAGUGAUUGCAGUGACGAUGAUGAAGAAGAGGAUCUGGAUGAUAUUUUUUGUUACGACCCUGGCUCUAACGCUAACAGCUUUGUCUCUUCCAGAUUACCCAGAGAAACAAAAGUUGAAAUAAAAUCAAGCGACGGAAGAAUUCAUCCCUGCACUGGCAGAUUUCCACUGACACAAACCUUUUGGGAAGUUGAAGUGAAGAUGGCCAAUGGCUGGUUGAAGCAAGCCCCAAAGUAUUUUAUCAUGAACGUUGCUGAGAGAAUUAGACAGACCAACAUGGUGACCAUAUUUCUGAGUGAAUGUUUGGCCAAGGAAAAAGAUUUGAAUGAGAAAGAAAAUGCUGUCAAAGCUUGUUUUGAAACUUUUUGCAGAAAUUCAGGGGAGCAAAAUAAAUUGAGUUUUGAAACUCUUGAGGGAAUGCUGAAAAAAUAUUUAAAGCUAGAAAAAACAGGCUGUUGUCUUCAAAAGUUUGCUGGGGGCAGCUAUGGUCGGCAUGCUAUUGAGGAUCAUUCACAAUAUAUGAUGUAUGUAAUUGGCUCUGAAUUAGGUUCUGUGGUUCUGUUAGCAGCAAGUCAUCCAAAACUGGUAUCCACAAGCUCAGAGCUUCUGCCUUACUCAUUCCCUCAGUUCCUGCACAGGCUUCGACAGUGCAGCAUCUUCAGAAAUGUCAACUCAGCUUCCCCAGUGGAAGGCAGCCUAGUGAAAGCUAAGAAGCAGGCAUUUGAGGAGUCUACAACAGUAGAUCAGAAAGUGAAAGAUGCUGAUGAAAUGGCCAGACUAAGUCCAUGGGAGUUUGCAUUUAAAGAUAUCAUCGCCAGAAAACUGAAAAUCUAUGGCACUGAGGCCAGACUACAGGCAUACAUUCAGGGUGGUUAUUUUUCGAGGAUUCCUGAGAAGGAAAAGGAUGCUAUGUACAUCUAUGAAGUCUUGAAAGAAGAUGCCAGAAGAAAUGGGAACAUGUAUUUGGAAUUUAAUAAGCUUAGAAAUAGCUUCAUCUUGCGAAAGCUCGGCUACACUAUAUCAGGAGAUCAGAGAUGGGCAGAUGCCCUGAACUAUCUAGAAACAAACAAUGUCAUCAAGCGUGAAGUGUUCAAUUAUACAAUAAACAUUUUUCUACGUGCCAACUGGCAGGCUGAGGUGGACACUGCGGAAGCAAUAAAUCAAGUUUUGUAUCGACACAGGAUGGAGCCUUUGCAGUGGGACAUUGACCUAUCCAGCACUGACUUCAAUUACCUGCGACAAGAUGAUGACCAAAGAAAAGCCACUCAACUUAUUUGUCAAAUGCCCAUUACAGUUUUGUCUGGCAAGGGCGGGUGUGGUAAAACAACUGUGGUGACAAAGUUACUGAAACACCUGUGUGACAUGGAGGAAAUAAGAUUGAAAGAGAUGGAAGAAGAAAGUGAAUUCUCAGAUUCUAACAAGGAAACUGUUGAUGGCUCAAAUGUCAGUCCCAGUGGUAAUAUCAAGAAGGAUAGUGAUAGAGUCAUGCACAAUGUGUUGUCUCAAGUGAGAGAAGAUCCAAUUAAAAACCCAGAUAAACACAGCCAAGGUGGUGCUGCUGCCACAAGGGAGGUUAACUAUGAGGAAAAGUUACGGCAGCAAGUGGUGGCAGAUCUUAUCAAGAUUUUAGAGAACUCCAAAGAAGAAGACUCAAAAGAUCUGAAAGACUUUAAAAAAGAGAUUUUAUUGACAGCACCAACAGGUAAAGCUGCUAGACUCUUGGGUGGCAAAGCCAAACUCCCAUCUGCAACACUGCACAGUGUCAUCAUGAGUUGGAGAAAUUAUUCCAAACAAAGUGAUGACAGUGAGAGUGCAGAGGAAAAAACUUGGAUCUAUCAGAAUGUCAAGAUUCUGGUUGUUGAUGAAUGUAGCCUGGUAUCAGUUCGCUUGUUUUCUCAUGUCAUGAACAUCCUGCUAGAAAAUGCAAAUCUGAAGAAAAUCAUUUUGCUGGGUGAUAUUCGACAGCUCCCCUCCAUUGAACCAGGAGAGUUCCUCAAAGAUAUAUUUAAGAGUUUCAGUAACAUCACUGGUGAUGGAGUUGGGUUCAGCAUUGAGUUAACACAGAACCACCGCUCAGAGUCUAAAUUGAUUGUUGAGAAUGCCACCAAAAUUUCAAACUGCCAGAUGCCAACCUUUGACCCUAAUGGGAGAUUCUUCAUGAAAGAAAUAUCUGACACAAGGGAUGAUAACGAAAGGGAUCAAGCCAUUCGUCAUAUCUUGAAUAAUUUCAUUGAUGUCAAGUCUGACAUUGACUCACAGUUUGUGGCCUUUAGAAACGCACAUUGUGAGGCUAUCAAUGAGCUCUGCAGCCAAUUUUACAAUGGUCACUCUAUUGCAACAAGCCGACAUGGGAGAAAGAAACGAUGGGAUUUCCAGAUUGGUGACAAAAUCUGCCUGGGUAGAAAUAACCUGGUGGUCAACUCCCGGGGCCUUGUCCUGAAGAAAUAUUUGGAGGGCUAUAAGGAACUCCAGAUUGCUCUGGAGAAAGCCAGUCAAAGAAAGAGCACACCAAGUCAGAAUGAUAGACAGACUUGUAGUAAAUCUCACUUGGAUGAACUGUCAGCCCUUGAGCUGAUCACUGGGGAUGAGGAUGUUUACAAUAGAACGCUAGAAGAGCUGAAAGAGAAAGACAAGCGAGCUGAAGUUCAACAGAUGGAAAGAAUUCAACAAAAAACUGUCAAAAGAGAGGAGAAAUCUCAAAGAGUGACAGGUGAAUCUCUGAUUGGGGAGAGCAAGGAGAAACUGUGCAAUGGAGAAGUUUUCUUUAUUAUGGAUGAUAUAGAUCAGAUAGAAGAAAACAACAGAGUCACCAAAUAUUUAGUAUUGUCUGAUAGGGAUCCACAUUUGCCUCGGGUGGUAUGUGCCCCACUGAAACAGUUGCGUCGAAUUUGUCGAAUGAAACAUUCGUGGGCCAGAACUAUUCAUACUUACCAGGGCUCUGAGUCAGACACUGUGGUAUAUGUACUAGGUCAAGCUGUGCCCCAGAACUGGCAACACGUGUACACAGCCAUUACCAGGGGGAAAAAAUCUGUCUGCAUCGUUGGCAAAUACUCUGAGCUUCUCAUUGCUGUUAACAGGAAAGAACCCUUGCGAUCCACUCGUCUGGGAUAUCGACUUAAAGAGAUGAUUAAUAGACAUGCAGAUCUAAUGAAAAAAAGCAUGGAAGACUUUGUCCAUAAAAUCCAUCAGAUCUCCUUUGGCAGCCCAGAUGCUUCAUUGAGUGAUUUUAGUGAGAGUUUGAUUCAUGAGCUUGAUGAAUCAGUGGCAAAGGUAACUGCUGGCUACAGUUCAUCAAAUGGGAAACCUAUAGAUGUGCCGGAUGAAUUAGAUGUUCCUGGGACUGCUUUUGACUCUGACGUAGAGGAUGAAGGUAACUCUACGUCUGCCAGCUCUACCACACCAAACGGGGUCAAGGUUCACACAAAAUCCACGCAAGAAACCAAGGCUAGUCAUCUCCUAAGUGACAGAGAAAUGUAUUUUCUAUUAUCCUCAGAUGACAACACUGACCCCACUCAUUCUGAACAGACACAAAGUUUCUGUGAUAGAACAAGUUUGAGCUACGACAGUGACCAAGAUACAGCAUCCUACUCACAGCCAACACAAAAAGGAGCUUCUUUUCCACUUGUUACAGUCGACAGUUCUUUCAACACAAGCCGGAGCGAUGAAAGUGACCUUGAAGAGGAAAGGCUGAUGCUUAAUUUGCCAACACAAAAGACUGUCUCACGUCCUGAGUUCCAGGGUGAGGACUCCUUCAGCUGUAGUGAUGACAGUGACCUCGAUAGUAAAUCUAGAUUAUUCCCAACAAAAAGGCAGCUAUCUGAUAAUGGGCCGCCCCCAGCAGAGGCAGGGCCCUCUUCUCCUGCUGUGUCACAAUCAAAUCUGCUUGAGGAUACUCAACAAUUGACUCCUCCUGGACAAAUAGCACAAACUGCCAACACUUUCUUGUCACCUAGUGGCUUGUCUCCAAGCAAACGUCUGUGCACGAACAUUCUAAGCACUCCUUUUCAAGAUACUUUUAAAACUUCUCUAAGCCUUAACAAAGAGGAAGUCUCCCAUGUGCGGAAAAAGCUGUAACAUCUCAGAUAUGUCCUUGACCUAGACAUAGUUUUGAUUAUCACACAGAAUUAUUUUGAAUAAAGCUUUUGAAAUAUUGAGGUCAAGGUUGUUGUUCAAGCUCUUUGUUUGAAUCCUAGUGGAAUGCUCAUGAUAAAAGCCCAAAUGAGUACCUCCUCUUGUAUACAUCAAGAGGCUGAGCAAGACAACAGCAUCUCCACAUUUCUUCACUUUUGGGAUGAUCUGUAAUUCACACAUUCUUCAAGUCAUGAAAUAAAACUUUGAUCAUAAUCAUCGCAAGAUGAAACUAUGGCAUUUUCUUAGUUUUAUGUGAUCUUCUUCUAGCCAGCAUUUUGCUGCUGUGCUUGAGCUCUGUUGCAGACUGUUCCAAGAAAAAAUUAUUUUAUGGCAGAUGUUCUGUAUAAAAAAAAUUGUAACUGGAGCCUUCAAUUGAACUAGAUGUCUUCUUCACAACAUAAUUUUAGGAGGCAGAAGACAAAAAACAAAACUUAAAAUAUACUCCCAGCAGAUAAUGGCUUUGACUUCAUCAGAUGUGAUAAAAUAUGCAGGUUGCAACUGGAUUUACCUGUUCAGAUGAAAUACUGGAUUUAUUCUUAAUCUUUGUAAUCGAAGACAAUGCCUUGUGUUCAAUAUUUCUUUCACAUGAAGAAUUAACAUUUAGAUAAGCAAUAUUCUUUUUGAAGGAUGCCUAUUACAUACCGGGUACUUUCAAGUGUUCAAUGUAAAAGCUGCUGACCUUUUGUUUUUCUUGGUGUUUUUUUUUAAGAAAUAUUUGGUUUUUGUCUUUUCAUUAAAAAUAUACGAGUUAAUGCGGGUUGUUGGACAAUUCUAUAUGCCUGCAGCACACGUUGUGCUUUGCCAAAUUAUAAUAACUUGUGGGCUGUGUCAAAUAAUAAUAACUUAUGGGCUUUGUCAAAUAAUAAUAACUUUUUCCUGAGCCUUAAACCAGAAGGGGCUAUUGUGGAAACUUUUGUAAGUUAAAUUGUAUUUUGGUGUUUUAAUUUUAUGAGAUCCAAUUAUUUCAUUGGUCUUUGCUAUGUGCUUGUUAUGUGGUAUACAUUUCAGACAUUUGUCAUGAUGGUCCAGAGUUCAAAUCCUUCCUGCUUGAUUUUGAGCUAAGACAUAGUAAUCUGCAUUCUGAAGGAAUGUCCAAAACUUACAAAACAAAAGAACCUGACAUCUAUUAUGAAAGUAAAGCUAAGUUGUUUUUUCUCUAGUCAUUGUCCAUGCAAAUAAAGAUGAUGGACGGUCAUCAUCAUCAUCAUCAAACUCUAUUUGAGUGAGGGCCUGAAGGCCUUAAUACUCUUUUACAAAAGAUCUGGACAUAAACCCUACUCAUAUCUCAUACAGUUCAAGAACUUGUGGCUUUUCAGACCUGUUGAAAUAGAGGGCAGCAAGUCUGGGCCAUCAAAAUGAAUAUGAGACAGUUUCCUCAUCCUCUGCACAGUGAAGGCAAAAUGAGUUGAAGUUUUGCCUGAGCCGUGCUAAAUAUGAACCAACAGGAAAGUGGCCCAUCCUGAGCAUCGCUAUUAUAGCUUGUCAGGCUUGGGUAACCCCCAUCAUGUGCUCUCAGACUCUACUGGCAGUAGAAAAUAAAUUAUGUGCUCCAAGAGUAGUUGUUUUUUUUUUAGAUCUUUGUAAGCAAAAAGUACAUUUUUUUUUAUGUUAAAGCAAUUGCUGGCUUUUAUACUGAUGUUCAAUAUUAUCAUGAUGUGCCAAAAACUCUGUAUAUUUGUGUACAUAUAAUUUUUUUUAAAAAGUCAGUUUGGAUUGGGUUUUCACCCUUUUUGACCAUUCUAGACUUAUGAAUAUAUUCAAUAAUGAUAAAUCACUGUCUAUGUAGCAGUGGUUCUCUCAACCCUUCUAUAUAGAUCUGAGACAUGGAUAUUAUUCAGAAAGUAACUAAGACUACUUGAAUGCUUUCACCAAAGAUGCUUGCGCUUCAUCAUGGACAUACAAAUGACAAGACUGCACUACAAACAGCGAACACCGGUAUGGACAGUAUAGACAGACUUCUUAUGGUCCAACAGUUCCACUGGGCGGCACAUAUUCCAUAUGGGGGACGAACGUAUAGCAAAAGCAGUCGAUGUAAUAGAGCUGCCCCGCAGAAACACUUUAAAUACCAGCUUAGGCGCCAACUUGCCUUAGCUGACAUAGAAGAGAGCACCUGGUUGAAUGCGGCUUUGAAAGAGACAGCUGGAGGUCACUUACAAAGGCGGCAGGAUACACAUUUGAGACCAAACGAAAAUCCGCCAAGGAUAGAUGCAGACGACAAAAAGAAAAUCUUAAUCAACCACCAGCUGACAAUGAUUAUGCUUGUCCUGGAUGUGACAACAGCUGGGGCUGCGUAGCCACAGAAAAUACUGCAUUCCUCUUUAAUCUUCAGACUCAAAGACAAGCCUUAUUAUUAAUGAUAAAUGUUUACUAUCUUUAUGGAAAUGUCUUACACAUAACAAAACAUUAUAACAAUAGUAAAAAAAAUGUAUGUACAUUUAUACCCCUGUUCAAACAUUACAUGUUAAAUUUACAUCAGAACAUUGGCUUUUAAUUAAUAAUUUUUAAUGUUAAAAUUGUGCUCCUACUGUCUUAAGGGACAAUAGAUGUACCUGGACGAUUAGUUAGUUAGUUGUUUUUUUGUUAAAUCAGGUCAGAAUCUGUUGAAAAUAAAUAGACCAAUUCUAGUCUGGCACACUUUGUAAGUUAGAGGCAGUUAUAUCUUGUAUAUUUUCACACAUUUUAUUACAAAGCUUUGUCUGCCUGAUACACGUUCUGCCACUUCCCAUGCUCAGAUCAAGCUGAAACUUUGCAUAAUUAUUCAUUGAAUGUUCCCAGCAAAACAUUAAUCAAUCAAAAAAAUUACUAAUUAGUUUAUUAAAUAGUGGUGAUUACCUAAUUUUGUUAAAUAUAAAAAGGGAAAUAAAUCUCACAGUAUUAAAAGAUGCAUGUGCCUGUGAACAUCUUUUCCUUUGAUAAGCUUUGUUGGUUGUUUGUUUUUUUUUAAGCAUUUUUUUUUAUUUUUUUUGUUUGUCAAUGUAUCCUAAAACAUGUUUUGGCUUUGCCAAUAAGUGAUUCUGUGUUUAAAAGAACUGAAGGGUAUACUAUUCAAUCAUCAUUAUGUAUGUAGUUCAGAUAUAACAGUUACUAUUUAGAUCUACUUUCUACUAGAUAUUUUUCUUUUACAAAUUUAUUUUGUGGUUUUUGAGAAUUUUUAAGCUUGUACCCUGAAUCUUUACUUCUAAUCUUGUCAUUUAAGGAUGACUCUAGUUACACCUCUGUGUUAAGUGUGAGUGAAUUAUCUUUGGACUGUACUGGCUGUCCAUUGGCACUUUGCUCUUGGUUUUCUUUACCUAUUGUAGCCCAUUGGAAUUACGUUUCAGGAAUUCUUUACAUUUAUUGGUAACAACAUGUUCUGGUUUAUCAAUAUAAAGAGUUCUUGUAAAGUUAACCAUCCCUUGAGCGGGAGCCUCAGAUUAACAUGUUUGAAAAGUGAAAAUUUAACCUUGAUUAACUGAAAAAUGAUACAUUCAGUUUGUUCAAAACCCUUAUUGUGGAGAGAAAAAAAAAUUUCAACUUGAAGUUUCAACGAAAAGUAAAAGUCAUUUUUUUUUUACAGCUGUGAGCUGAAAACUUUAGCAACUGAGCCUACCUGAUGUCUUGAGAGCAUACAAUUCUGUCUGAGCAUUUUUAACACAUGUAUAGUUGUACUUCAUUUCUGAGUGACAGUAGAGAAUGUUAGAAUAUAUGUAUACUCAGAGUUUCUCAAAACUAUUUUGUCUUGUUAAAAAAAAAAUGUUUGCUUGAAUAUCAAACUAUAUAUUUCACUUUGUACUGCAUUGCUGUCAAGUUUUAACAUACCGGUACCAUUAAUUUAACCCAUUAAUAUUUAUGUAAGUUUAAAAUGCAUUCAGUUAGUUCAGGUACCUGGUAGUUGGCUUUAUAAGUGCAAUAAAAGAUUUUGUUGAUACUACAUAUUCA